AUGGCGUACGUUGAAAGUUUCUAUUUGGAGCCAAAUGAGGCAGCGGAGCCAACAAUCCCCAAUGAAAUCGUUGAGUCGGACGAGAUUCCACCAAUCUAUCGUGCUCAACUUCGUACCGCCCAGAAGAAUAAGAUUUUGGCUGCUGAAAACGCUGAAAAAUCCAUGUAUGCCUAUGGUUCAGAUGAGAAAAUGGAAGUCAAGCCGAAGAACUUGGCCAACGGUCCCCAAUCGGUCGAGUACUACGUCCCCGGAUUCUCCCCACCACCUCAGGCUGACGAAAAUAAUGAAAUUCAUAAGAGAAACGAUUUUUCGCUCCCAAAAUUCCAGCCAAUCGAAGCGACUGAAAACGUAUUCAAUAUUUUGGGAAAACACGAAAAAUCGCAGUACAUCUUGAUGGAAAGCGAGGAGGAUCAGCCACAGAAAUUGGCUCCGCCCACAAAAUCGGUCAUCGAAAAUUUGACUUCGUACACUGAUGCCGGGUCGACUAUUGCCACGUCUUCGUGUUUGACGGCUUCGCUCGGUCCACCAUAUGGCUAUGUUCCAGUCCAGAAUCAACGUCAAACUGAGGAAAAGUACAAGGGAUUGAGUGCAUUCCGUCCAGUGACCCAAUCGGCUGAAUCCCAGUAUGCGUCUGCUGAGCUCAAUUGA